ACAAUAAAAAUGUUUGAUAUCGUUUUUAAACGAUAUGAACAAUUAUGAACAAAUACUUGAUUAUUAUGAAUCAUCUUCUACUUUUUUUCUACUUUCUAUAUCAUAUUUACAACAAAACUCGAGAAGAAGAAAAAUGCAGAAAUGAAUGAAUAACUCGAAAAAAAUCAAAUUACAAAAAAUAUGAAAAAUGCGCGCAAAUGAUUAUUUGGAACAUUGAAUAGAAAAAUCCAAGAGCUACCAUUCUGUUAAGAGCGCCAUCUUUCUCAUUCGUCGAUAGUUGCAUUUUAUUUAUAAUAAUAUAAUACGUUAUAUUUUUAAAUUUUAAUUAUAAUAUUAUGUAUAAUAUAAUGUACUAGCUAUUAUUGUGCUUAAUAUUACUAAAUGGAAAGAACUUUAUAUAUAAGUUCAUAAUUCUUCAUUUCGUUUUUUCUCCUUCAAAGGCACUAUCUUCGUUCUAUAAUAGAAUUGGUAUAUUUCGUUUUAUGAAGCUCGCCGCCUUAGCGACGCUCUGAUUGGUUUUGAAUAUGCGGGGGUCUUUAGAAAUGGACGCUAAAUGUAGUUUUUCCGUUAUAGCAUGCUGUAUUUCCAUUUUUUAUCUCCAUUUGUUUAUAUAAAGAACGAAUUAUUUAUUAAGAAAAUAAUUUAUUAUAUUUACAAAUUAUCCUUACUUUUGAAAGGCCUAAGACAAAUAGAUUUUAUAAAAGAAAAUGUUUCCUUUUUCUAUUGCAUGAUCACUAUUUGUAUCGUAAACUAAAAAUAUAUGAGUGCAUAAGAUUCUUUCUUUUUUAUUACAUUUUUUAAUGAAUGGUUAUUAUGGAGAAAUAUCAGUAUAUGAGAGCAUUUAUAUCAGCUGCAUCGGAAUAUGCAAAACAUCCCAGUGAAACUACCAUAUCUGCUAUACAAAGAAAUCUUGGGGUCAUAAGCGUAUCAUUGGAUCUCAGCAUUUUUGAUCCUACAACUUCAAUAGCAGCUGAAUUUUAUGUCAGCUUACACGAGCUUAUGAAUUCUUUAGGAUCUAGAACAACAUUAAUUUGGAGUACUGUAGAUGUUCUACAGAAUGCUUGUCGAAAUACGAAUGCCAGACAAGCUCUUAUCCAUACUUAUAAAUUUGCUCCUAUAUUAGCACGAUUAUUGGAGGCCAACUUGACAAGCGAGAAGAGAAUACGUGUUUUGAAACUUCUACAGGAAUUAACUUAUGGUGUAAAAAUUUCUUGGCAAGAAGCACAUUUACCGUAUUUAAUAUCCAUUUUAACACAAUGGGUAAUGCAAGUAAAAGAAGAAGAAAUUGUUGCCCUUUCAUUAGGUGUACUUGUAAAUCUUUGUUACAAAAAUCUUGCAGCAGUUUAUACAUUAAUGCGUACCAUUGAUACUAAAACAUUUAUACGAACGUUACUAAAAAUUCAAAGCAAUAAUGUUAGUACAAGCGUUCCGUGUUGUAAACUUUUGAUUAUAUUGGAACAUACUAAUACAAAUAUCUCAGAAAAACAUAUAUUGGAUUUUGCUGCUGUUACAUUUACAAGUUUAAUCAAUGCUCUUCAAAAAAAAGAUGUAUUAUUGUUAAGACAUAUUAUUGAUUUCUUUGAUGAUGUUGGUCAGAAUGAACAUUCACGAACUAUACUACUUACAUAUGCAAAUUAUAGUAAAGAUGUAGAACGAUUAUUGGCUACUUUAGAAUCUAAUUCUGAUCCAGAUUGUGUUGCACUUUUAAUGGAAUUUUUACUAUCAUUAGUAAAAUUAAAAGUGAUUGCUUUGAUUCCAUUAUACCCAGCAUGUGUAAAAUCAGCUAUGACAUGGGUACCUGUAGAACAAGUAUGUUCUAAGGCACUAGCACUCAUUAGGAUAAUUGUGAUUGAAUCACGACGUACUAAGGUUUCUACAGAAGUUCUUACAGAACUAGAUCCAUCUGUGCUUAUGCUUAUAACUAGCACAAAGGAUGAUGAAAUACAAGAAAAAAAUGAACUGCAUAAUAUUGAGGCACAAGAAAGACUUGCUGAAUUGAUGCAAUUAUUCCAAGAAAUGGUGAAAAUUUCAGGACUUCGAUCAAAGGUGCUAAAGACAUUUAGUGAACAAGCAAUGCGAAAGUUGUUAAAACCAAUAUUGGAAUAUGAAGAAACUGCAAAUAGGGACUGGCCUGGAAAUCUUAUUCAAAAUUCAACAACAAAUCUUUAUAUACAUGCCUUAGUUUUAACAGCAGAUUUGGCAGCUAAUAAUUCAAACUGGUUGACAUUAUUUUCUGAAUUACUUCGAAAAAAACAAAUACAAAUGAUAAUGGCAUUAGCAUUAUUUACGGGUGAUGGAGAAAUUAAGCAAAAAGUUCUACAAUUAACAUCAUCUGUAGGUUUUCCACAGGAAUGUGUUGCUGCAGUAGCGCAAUGUAUGAGACAACUAGAACCUUUAGUUUUGGUACAAAGCAAUGCUAAUACUGUAACAGGAAUUGAAAUUAAACCCAACAUUAAUUAUAAUGGGAAUGAAAUGGCUCCAUUAUUUUCAUUUGGUCAAGAGGAACGUCUUAAUACUUUUAUAAGCAAGCUUGAAACAGCUAUUGAGUCAAAUCAAAUAGGAGAUAUUACAACUUCUGCUGUUAUGGAACUGUACGAAUACAAAUUAGCAGCUAUGAGACACGCUGAAAGAGCCAUGCAGUCUAGUUUAGAAGCUGCAAAUAAUCAUGCAACUAGUCUGCAACAUCGAUUGGCACAAGUAAUAGCAGAAUCUAGUCGUUUACAUCAAAUGUUAUUUGAUACUCAACAAUGCUUAGAAGGUAUAAAAGUCGAAAAAGUUGCAUUAACAACAAAACUUAAUGAAUCAGAAGAUCAAAUGAAGAAAAUACUUUCUGUUAAAGCACAAGAAAUUAACGGAUUAAGAAAAAUUGUAACUGAAAAAUCUGCAAAUAUCGAUUUAUUGAAUAAAACAUUAGUAGAACGUGUAAAAGAAGUGGAAACCUGUAUGAAUAAAAUUGAUACAUUAAAUAAGAAAGUAAUAGAAUUGGAGACUGAAUAUUCAGCUGCAGUAGCAAAUUCUACAGAAAUGACUAAUAAAAACCAUGAGUUAGGCAAACUUUUAUAUAAAAUGCAAGAUUCCAUUAACAAAAAAGAACAAAUAAUAGAAUUAAAAAAUAACGAAAUAGAAGCUAAUCAGAAAGAUAUAUCUGCAUUAAAACAAGAAAUCCAACAAUUAACCAAAUUGACUCAUUCUUAUGAACAAACUUUAGCCGAAAAAGAUCAGAAUAUACAGAGAAUGACUUCAGAAUUAACAGAUCUAAGUAGAAUGAGAGAUAUGAUUUUCGAACUUACUGCCAAAAAAAAAGAUGAUUUAAAUACAACCUAGCAGAACAAUAAAAUAAGGAAAUUUUAUAUACGUGACCAAAAUAAUAUUGUUACAAAUUUAUUUCUUUUCUCUUAUUAGUUCUCCUAUAUUCAUAAAAUGACACUAUUUUCAUAAAGAAUUAUGUGUAAAAUACGAUUUUCAUAUUUUAUUAUCGGAUUUGCUGCGAAUAUACUGCGCAUUUAGUAAUGUUUUUUACACUUAUGAAAACUCUAAAAAAUAUAAAACUAAUAUAGUUUGUAAAGUAUACUCUAUCCUUAAAAAAAACAAAAGAUCAGGAGUAUUAAGGAAAAAUAUUUGUAAAUAAUCAUUGUUACUAAUACGCUUUAUUACAUAAUGUCAGAUAACAUCAUCGAUAUUAUCAAAUUUUUACUGUAACAGAAUAUAAAUUUCUUUUUGUUAUUCGAAAUCAAUUUUUCAAUUUUGUUUCCUCAAAUUUUUACAACUUUGAAAUACAUCGAACUAAAGUUUGUUAUGUGUUUCCAGGUUUGGUAUAUUUUAAUCUCAUGUAGAUUAUUAUACUAGCAUAGAAACUAAAUUAGAUAGAAUAAAACUUAAAGAUGUAUAAUAUAAAUUCAUAUAAAAAGAAAUUUCAAUUAUACAAUAUUAUCACAUAUAAUCACAUUGGAAUAAACAUGCAUAAGCAUUGUAUUUGAACUAAUAUAGCAAAAAUUACAAAAGUAAUAACGUUAGAACUGUAAACAUUUAACAAAUCUAUUCAAACUUUUUUUCAUAUAUAUGUAACAUAUUGAAAUGUCAGCAAUAUUUAAACGUACAUCAACUUAUGCUUUAAUAUUCUUUUCAUGAUUUUAAAUUUUAUUGAUUUACGUGUAAUUAUUAAGUUACAUACAUGAUUGGUUUUGAAUGUCUCAUCUGUUCUAUCUGUGCGCUGUGCACGUUUCAAAUAGAAACAGAAUAAUAUGUUUAUACAAGAUGUUUCAAAAUAACUAUUCCUACUUUUUAAAUGUGAUCGAGAGCAUCUAAUUAAAUAGUUUUUUAUAAUAAAGUAAUGUCUGGAAGUAAUUCUGUACUUAAUAUUAUAAAAGUUGAAACUCUUCAUUAAUCUUUUUAUAUAUAUAUAUCUAUUAUCAUUCUCCAAAAUUAACUUUUGUAUUUAAAGCCAUAUUAAAUUAAUUGUUUAUAAAAGAAUUACAGUGACUCUAAGUAAAACUCGGACACUUGCAUUUUUUUUUUUUUUUUAUAAACCAAUAAGUAAUGUAAAGAAAUUAAAAUGAACGAUAUUACAAUUUUUAUUAAACUAUAUUCAGUGCCAUACAAAUCCAUGAAAAACAAAUAAAAUUCAUUUGCAUUGAGUAAUAAAAAACCAGUCUUAAAAUUAACAGAAGUUGGUCUCAAAUUAAAAUUCGAACAAUAGAAAAUUCUUAUGAAUAUAUGUAUGUUUUACAUUCUAUACUAAUUCUAUCCUAAUAGUUGAUAGUCCUUGUCUUGAGACCUUUUAAUCGAUUUAACAUUAAUCGGACCAAUUUUUCACAAUAUGAAAUAUCAAUUUUUGCUCAUUCCUCUUCCAAUGCUCUUUUCAAUUAGAGAUGAUGUGAUUUUUCAGUUUUUCCUCCAAAUAUACCCACAGAUGCACAAUUACAUUAAAGUCUGGUGACUACAAAGGUGUUUCAAUAAUGAUCAAGCAACCAUAAACUAACAUUAUGAAUCCGAUGUUUUUGAUCAUUCUGGAUUUAUUUUUUUUAAAAAGAUAAAUGUAAAAAUGUCUUUUUACUUCUAUGAUUAAUUUUGAUACACUCAAUUUUGGAUCCUUUUUUAUUUUUCUUACAAUCCAACGCUCUUUGGAUUCUGCGAAUAUUUUUCAUUUGGUUAAUUUUUGACAGUAUUUCUCAAUCUAAAUCGUUUUACUACGUCAUAAAUUGUAGAAUGGCUUCAUUUCACUAUUUUUAUAAUCUUUCGGUCAGAUAAACCAUCUUUGAAAUAAUAAGCUUUCAAGAAUCUGACAACGUUCGUCCAGAUUAUCUGCCCAUAUUCAGAUAUUAAAGCAAAAUUUCACAAAAAAGAAAAACAUUUUAUACGACUUGCAUUACGACAAUAAUGAUACUCAAC